AUGGAAACAUUGCAAACAACUGAAACUUUAAUAACAACGAAAACAGAGUCGUGUACAUCAAUCGAUGAGAGUGAAGUUUUGGAACAAGACCUCUCCUGCGAACGGCCUAUUGAUCAGUCUCCAUGGUCAUUGGCAUCAUUUUGUCAACAAUCGUUCGAACAAGCUUUAUCUAACUCUUUGUAUGGAGCAACUAUUUCUCGACCGUUGGCAUUAUACAUAUAUGAUAAUGCAAAUAUAAAGACAGAACUUUUUAAUUGGACUAUUUCAAAAUCGGAAGAAAUGCGUGCUUGUCUGAUGGAACAAUUUGGUCUAUGGUCAUGGAAUCUAACCGAAGAAAAUUAUUUUGAACUCUUGAGUAUUAUUAUUGAACAUGUAGGAGAAGAGGUAGCUGCUGUCAUUGAUUCAUCACCGAAAGAAAUAUAUCCACUAUUGAUCUGUUUAAUCAUUUUACGUGGCGAAGUAAAAGUUGAUUGUGUUAUUCAUGGUGAUAUGUCGAUUGACGAAAUGUUUGUUUUGCUUACUCAAACAUCUGGUGUAUUUUGUCCGCGUUUUGGUUUACCCGACACAACUGGUUUGCCAUUAACACAUAUUUCAAAAGAAAACUGGUCCGUACCACCGAGCACACUCACGGAAGUACUGAAAGAGUCUGAUGAAUUUCAAAGAGUUGCUGAUGAUUUCGAUGGCGGUGCAUCAUCGAUUGUUCAUGUUCAUCGAAUUGACAAUAUUGUAUGGUUAAUAGAAUAUCUCAAUCAAAAACAAUUGGUAGAUAAUAGGCUUGGUCAUGAUAAUACAGAAAAGCUUUUAUUCCACGGAUGUCCUUAUGCUGCGGCUGAACAGAUUUUACGCCACGGAUUUGAUCACGGACGUAUUGGGGCGAAUGGUAGCUCUUAUGGACGUGGCUUCUAUUUCUCAUCCAGUCGAUCACUUAGUGAUCAAUAUGCUUUGCGAAAUCCGUUGACCAACGAAAAACGAAUUCUUAUGUGCAGAGUACUCACUGGUCAGAGCUGUAAAGGAAAUUGGAAGGAAUCAAUGUGUCCACCCGGUUAUGAUUCAGUAGCAGGUCGUUCAAAUAUUCAUGUUGUUUUUUCAAAUAGACACAUUUUACCCGAAUACCUGAUUACUUAUAAAUAG